GACAAACAAUCUCCUGUAGAAUUGUGGGUAGAUUCUGGACUUGUAAAGUAAAGGCUUCCUAAGCACCUCCUUACUUAGUCUUUUUUCCUUGUUUGCCCAGGGUGCACGUAACCCUCCAGCACUAGGACCGUGGGGGAAUCCAGGCCGCUAUGGCAUCUUGGUUCACUGCCCGCAUCCAGUUAUUGCUUCUGCGUGCGUUAGGCUUUCUUAUGGGCCUAGUAAUCAAAGCGGCUGUAGCCUUAGGCGGCCCUAAGUUUGACUCAAGAACCACUCGACCGGUGACAGAACCUUUGCUCCUGCUUUCCGGGGUGCAGCUGGCCAAGCUGAUCCGACAAAGAAAGGUGAAAUGUAUAGAUGUUGUUCAGGCUUAUAUCAACAGAAUCAAGGAUGUUAACCCAAUGAUCAAUGGAAUUGUCAAGUACAG